CUACCACAUGUGGAAUAUCUUCUUCACUGCACCUAGUGGUUGUGUCAUGGCUAUAGAAGUAAGUGAUUUUAGACCAUAGCCCUUGUUUCUACUUUCUUGUACUACAAACUUAAACUGUUAUUUAUUUUUUUGUCCAUGUUAUAGGUUCGAAGUAUAUACAUCGUAUGUAUUUAUCCGCGUUUGGAUACACAAGAUAGAUUCUUCUACUUGAGAAUGAAUUUUUUUCAUACACAAAAGCUACUAUUCGAACUUUUGACCACUUGCUAAAGGUAUUCAUGUCUCUUACCACUCGAACCGAUCCAUUCCCCUAAUUAGCUUCAUUGUUCGUGUCUAACCUUGUUAUGAUGGAACUUUUGUUAACAAUAUGACUAAACUUGCCCCUCUUGAAGAAUCCCUUUUGAAUGGUGAAGCUAGUGUAAGCAACAACAAUUCUGAUUCCAAAAAGACACUAAGAAAUGAAAGUUCAACCAGUUAUUCAAAUGCUGGAUUUUUCAGCAUUCUUACAUUCUCAUGGAUGACUCCACUAAUAGCUUUAGGCAAUAAAAAGACUUUAAACCAUGAAGACCUUCCAUUGCUUUCUACCAAUGACUGUGCCAAUGGAACUUUUACAACUUUUAGAAACAAGCUUGAGUUGGAGUGUGGUAAUGUUAGGAAUGUGACCACUAUUAACCUCGCCAAGGUGUUGUUCUUCUCGACAUGGCAAGGGAUUCUUCUAUCUGGCUUUUUUGCAUUGUUGUACACAUGUGCUUCUUAUGUAGGACCCUACCUUAUAGACAAUCUUGUUCAAUAUCUCAAUGAUGAAAACAAGGCUAAAAAUGAAGGCUAUAUUUUGGCUAUGAUGUUUGUUGGGGCAAAGCUUGUCGAAUGUCUUUCUCAGAAGCACUGGAUGUUUAAGUUCCAACAGGUUGGUGUUAGGAUACAAUCAAUGUUGGUGUCAAUAAUCUAUGCUAAAGGUUUGACCCUUUUGUAUCAAUCGAAAGAGGGAUACAGCAGCGGUGAAAUCAUCAACUUAAUGACUGUUGAUGCUGAAAGGAUAGGUGAAUUUUGUUGGUAUAUGCAUGAAACAUGGAGGGCUGUUCUGCAAGUUUCUUUGGCUUUGUUUAUACUUCAUAGAAGUGUAGGGAAUGCUUCGCUAGCAGCUUUUGCCGCCACUGUAGUUGUGAUGUUGCUAAACCAUCCUAUGGCAUCACUGCAAGAGAAGUUUCAAGGUAAGUUAAUGGAAUUUAAAGAUAAAAGAAUGAAGGCGACGUCUGAGAUUCUAAUGAACAUGAGGAUUCUUAAACUUCAAGCAUGGGAGUUGAAGUUCUUAUCAAAGAUUAUUCAUCUUAGGAAGUUAGAGGAGAUAUGGCUAAAGAAAUUUCUUGGCUGUACAGCAAUUGUUAGAUUUCUCUUCUUCAAUGCUCCGACGUUUCUUGCUGUGGCAACUUUCGGUUCUUGUGUUCUUCUAAGCAUUCCACUUGAAUCAGGAAAGAUCUUAUCCGCUCUUGCAACAUUCAGACUUCUUCAAAUGCCUGUCUAUAAUCUUCCAGAUACAAUUUCAAUGAUUGCACAAACCAAGGUUUCUCUUAUUAGGAUUGUUGCAUUUCUUCGCUUAGAUGAUUUGCAGGUCGAUGUAGUGGAGAAGCUGCCACGAGGUAAUUCUGAUAUAGCAAUUGAAAUAGUAGAUGGGAAUUUCUCUUGGGAUUUAUAUUCUGUCAAUACAACAUUGAACAACAUAAAUCUAAGAGUUUUUCAUGGCAUGAGGGUUGCUGUUUGUGGCACGGUUGGAUCAGGCAAGUCGAGUUUAAUUUCUUGUAUAAUUGGGGAAAUACCGAAGAUAUCUGGGAACUUGAAGGUUUUUGGAACAAAGGCUUUUAUUGCUCAAUCACCAUGGAUACAGAGUGGCAAGAUAGAAGAGAAUAUACUAUUUGGUAGAGAGAUGGAUAGGGAAAAGUAUAAGAAGGUUCUAGAAGCAUGUUCAUUGAAGAAAGACCUCGAGGUUUUACCAUUUGGUGAUCAGACCAUUAUUGGAGAGAAGGGAAUCAAUUUGAGUGGUGGACAGAAGCAAAGACUACAAAUCGCUCGUGCUCUUUACCAAGAUGCUGAUAUAUAUCUGCUCGAUGAUCCCUUUAGUGCAGUUGAUGCUCAUACAGGAUCCCAUCUCUUUAAGGAGUGUUUGCUUGGCCUUUUGAAAACAAAAACAGUGAUAUAUAUAACACAUCAAGUAGAGUUCUUACCUGAUGCUGAUCUGAUACUUGUCAUGAAAGAAGGAAGAAUAACACAAUCAGGAAAAUACAAUGACAUUCUUACAUCGGGAACAGAUUUCAUGGAACUUGUAGGCGCACAUAGAGCAGUGUUGCCUUCAGUUAAGUCCUUAGAGAGAAGGAAUACAUUUAAAAAAUCGAGUAUUACCGAGGAAGACACAGUUUUAUCGAGUGAUUUUGAACUUGAGCAAGAAGUGGAAAACAUAGGUGAUCGAAAAGGAAAGUUAGAUGACACAGUUAAGCCAAAAGGACAACUUGUUCAAGAUGAAGAACGAGAAAAGGGUAGAGUUGAGUUUAAAGUGUUCUGGAAAUACAUCACAACAGGUUAUGGAGGAGCUCUGGUACCUAUUAUAUUUCUUUCACAAAUACUCACUGUGGUUUUACAGAUUGCAAGCAAUUAUUGGAUGGCUUUGGCAACUCCUGUUUCAGCAACCGCAGAACCUGAAAUUGGAAAUCUUACUCUUAUGGUUGUCUAUGUUUCUUUGGCGGUUGGAAUUUCCUUUACCACCUUUGCUAGAGCAGGUCUUGUUGUGAUAGCUGGAUACAAAGCCGCCACAAUGCUCUUCAAUCAAAUGCAUUUGAGCUUUAUUAGAGCACCGAUGUCGUUUUUUGAUGCGACACCAAGUGGACGAAUUCUUAAUAGAGCUUCAACAGACCAAAGUGCAAUAGAUAUUAGGGUUCCAAAUGUAGCAUGGGGAUUUACCUACAGUCUUGUUCAGCUUUUGGGAACUGUUGUUGUGAUGUCUCAAGUUGCAUGGCAGGUGUUGAUAGUAUUGAUUCCUGUCAUGGCAGCUGGCAUAUGGUACCAGCGAUACUACUCUUCAUCAGCACGUGAGUUAUCACGAUUAACUGGUGUAUGUCAAGCUCCAGUUAUACAACAUUUUUCUGAAACAAUUUCUGGAUCAACAACUAUAAGAAGUUUUGAGCACGAAUCAAGAUUUCAUGAAAUGAAUAUGCAAUUGAUAGACAAAUAUUCACAACCUAAAUUAUACACUGCUAGUGUAGUGGAAUGGCUGAGUUUCAGAUUGGAUCUUUUAUCCUCUACACUAUUUGCAUUCUACUUGGUUUUCUUGGUAUCUUUUCCAAGUUCAAUUGCUGAUCCUAGUAUUGCGGGAUUGGCCGUGACAUAUGGGAUUAACCUAAAUGCUGUACAAUCAAACUUAAUUUCAUUUCUUUGCAAUUUGGAGAACAAAAUUAUAUCUGUAGAAAGAAUACUUCAGUACACCUCUAUCCCAAGUGAAGCACCUCUUGUAACAAAAGAGAGUCAACCAGAUCAUUCUUGGCCAUCAUUUGGCGAGGUUCAUAUCCAGGAUUUACAGGUUCGAUAUGCUCCUCACUUGCCUCUUGUUUUACGCGGACUCACUUGCACUUUUACUGCUGGAGCGAAAGCUGGCAUUGUGGGAAGAACAGGAAGUGGAAAAACAACACUAGUGCAAGCACUUUUCAGACUUGUUGAACCUGUUGCAGGACAAAUAUUGAUAGACAACAUCAACGUCUCGUUGAUUGGGAUCCAUGAUUUACGGUCCAGACUAAGCAUAAUCCCUCAAGAUCCAACGAUGUUUGAAGGGACUGUUAGAAGUAACCUCGACCCGCUCGAAGAGUACACAGAUGAACAGAUUUGGGAGGCUCUAGAUAUGUGUCAACUUGGUGAUGAAGUGAGGAAGAAAGAAGGAAAGCUGCACUCCACAGUUACUGAGAAUGGAGAAAAUUGGAGCAUGGGUCAAAGGCAGUUGGUGUGCCUCGGUCGUGUUCUCCUUAAGAAAAGCAAAAUUUUGGUUCUUGAUGAAGCUACUGCAUCAGUUGACACAGCUACAGAUAAUAUUAUUCAACAAACACUUAAGAAACAUUUUUCUGAUUGCACAGUCAUUACCAUUGCUCAUAGAAUCACUUCAAUCCUCGACAGCGACAUGGUUUUGUUUCUCAGUGAAGGGCUUAUUGAGGAAUAUGAUUCACCAAAGAAGUUGCUUAAGGACAAAUCCUCAUCUCUUGCUCAACUAGUUGCAGAGUACACAAGGAGGUCAAGCACUGGUUUUGGAAGUUGAGAGUGAAACUGAACAUAAAUUAAAGUAGACUAGAAGUUAUACGUUGUAAUAAGGAUAGAAAUUUAAGAAUAAUGUAGUUUAUGUUUGUAUUUUGUAAGUGUUGCUGAAUAUUAUAUGUAACAGAAAUUGCGUGUCAAUUGGACUCUUAUUCUUAUAGCUCAA